AUGGCACCUACCCUAGAACUCGCCUUCACUCUCCACGUGGAUCUGUCACCAGCCCUCGAAUUUGGAGAUACACCCUGCGGGUCCAGGCGGUUCAUUCCUAUUACAGGAGGAACCGUCGAAGGCCCGAAAUUGACCGCCACUAUUCUUCCGGGAGGCGGAGACUGGAACGUUCUUCGGGAAGAUGGAAUCGGCCACCUCUUUGCAAAAUAUACCAUCAAAUCAUCCGAUGGAGUUCUUAUCAGUGUUACCAAUGAAGGGUGGAUUCGGAAAUUUCGAAGGGAGAGUGGAUCGGAGAAAGUUGCCGAGGAUCAGUGGUAUGCGAAGACCAACCCUCGAUUUGAGGUUCAGGACGGACCUCAUGGCUGGUUGAAUCGGACUGUCUUUGUGGGCGAGCUUCGUAAGCCUGAUAUUCCGAACCAUGUUGUCAUUGAUGUGUACUCUGUGGAAUGA